GGUCUGUCGAUUGUCGUGUUACGUCAUCAGUUUCGCGUGCGAUAUUCCGGAUUUAUAACACCGUUAUCGACGUUAGUAUUACUUAUCCUGUGUUAUGAUGUCGGCGACAGAAAAAAUAACAGUGACCAAAAAGAGAAAGAAAAACGGACAAUAUUCACGGAAAGGGCAUCAUAAAAAGGUAGACGGGUUGAAGAAGGGUCGUUUGAUGCGCGUCGCAAAGAGUAAGGGAGAACCCUUACCAGUAUUUAAUCGUGCAUUUGAGAAUAACCGCGAGUCCGAUUGCGAUUGUGAUCGCGGUACAUGUACAGACUGUACAGGUACACAAGUACAUUUAGACCAUGAUUACUUCGGUAUUCAGGAUGAGGUUACAGUGUUUGAUGAUGUUCACUCCCCUGUAGAUGAUGAUAAGACAGGUUGGCGGGUUGGUAGACGAAUUGUCGACCUAGGUGUCCUUGCAGACGGGUUAAGGGCGUGUCAGCUGUGUCAACUUCCCCUGCACCUACACAAUUGUGUAGGUGAGAAAAAGUUUGGACUGUCUCAGAUUUUAGAGAUAAAAUGUAACAAUUGUGAUUUGAUAAACAAUGUUGUGACAGGAAGCCGCCAUCGGACAGAUAAAGGAGGACUGGCUUGGGAUGCCAAUACAAAGCUAGCAGCAGGUAUGAUCAACGGAGGACUUGGAGAAACCCAUGUGAACACUCUCCUUGCCAUUCUUAAUAUUCCUGGAAUAUGUCAUGCCAAUUUAAAGGAGAGAGAGAGGGAGGUGGGACAGAAGCUUGAAGAGAUGGCAAUUGCAUCGUGUUCAAGAAAUCUAGCAAAUGAAGUAGCUUUGACUGAUUCACAAGAGGAUGGCAUUGUUGCGAGUUUCGAUGGAGCCUGGCAGAAAAGAGGCACAGGCAGGGCUUAUAACAGUCUUACUGGUCAUGCCACUCUCAUUGGUCAGAAAACUGGAAAAUGUGUGGGUUAUGCACUGAAAAGCAAGAAAUGCCGUAUUUGCAGUGCUGCCAAGGUGAAAAACGUAACGCCAAGGAAACACAAUUGCAAAAAGAACUGGAGCGGGUCGGCAAAGGCAAUGGAACCCGCAAUGGCAUGCGAAAUGCUGCAGUCUAUUUUAGAUAGUGGAGAAAAAGUAUCCACACUAGUGAUGGACAAUGAUAGUACCACAAUUGCCAGAGUAAAGUCGACAGUAGACAAGAGCAUCACCAAGCGCUGUGAUAGUAAUCACACUAAAAAGGGCUUUACAGCAUCUCUCAUAGAAUUGAGCAAAACCCACAAAUUGCUGCGCAACACCAAGGUCCGUACCCACAUUGAAAGGUGUUUUACCUACAGCGUGUCUCAAAACAGAGGGGAACCAGAGCAACUUGCUAAAGGAUUAAGCAGUAUAGUUCCUCAUUUAUAUGGUGAUCAUUCCGAUUGUGGAACUUGGUGUAGAGGCAAUGAGGAAGGAUAUAAACACCAGGCCCUGCCUUAUGGCAAACCACUGGAUGACCAGGACUUAAGAGUAGCCCUUCAGUCCCUGAUGAAUAAGUUCACCUUGAAGGCAACUGAAUUGGCCAAUAUGGGGUCAACACAACCCAAUGAAAGCUUUAAUAACAUGGCAUCAUCGAAAGCACCAAAGAGAUUCUUAAUAAGAGUUGCUCACUUUCACCUGGAACAUAUACCAUCAAACACCUACAACGUAAAAACAAGACACUGAAAACAAAGCGCCUUCAAACUGCACAACCAAAAGUAAAACGAAGGAGACUGGAACUUAAAGCUGAAAGACAAUUGAAGAAUGCAUCCCAAGCUGUUCUUGAAGGUGAUACAUAUCAGUCUCACAUUGACUUAGGACCUGAAGGAAACGCAGAUAUAGAAGAUAUUCAGCUGGAGACAUCUGUAGAAAACCUGCUAACACGUCCACUAGUGUUUUUUGAUUUGGAAACGGGAGGAUUAG